GAAAUUAAAACCCGCCUUUGCUCAAGAGAACUCUCUGCGCACACAAAGAUGAGAAAUCCAAAUUCAGUUUGAAGAACAUCUCUCCAAAACAACAAUGGAAUGGCUAGAAACUCAUUUCUCAAACUCGGCUCUCUCACGAACUCUUCACCCUUCGCGAAUCUUCUCGAUUCAUGCAUCAAAUCCAAGCUACCACCAAACGACGUCCGCACCGUCCACGCUUCCAUCAUCAAAUCCCCUUUCUCCAACGAAAUCUUUAUACACAACCGUCUCAUCGACGCAUACGCGAAACGCGGCUCGCUCCAGGACGCGCGCAAAGUGUUCGACGAAAUGCCUCACCGAAACGUCUACACUUGGAACACUCUCGUGACGGCUUUAGCCAAGUUAGAGCUCUUAGACGAAGCCGAGACUCUCUUCCGCUCGAUGCCUGAGCGUGACCAGUGCACUUGGAACUCCAUGGUCUCCGGGUUCGCUCAGCGCAAUAGGUGCGAAGAGGCGUUGCGUUAUCUCGCUUCGAUGCAUAAAGAAGGCUUCUCGCUGAACGAAUAUAGUUUAGCUAGUGGUCUAAGCGCUUGCUCUAGCUUGAGCGAUGUGAACAGAGGCGUACAGAUACAUUCUUUGAUCGCAAAGUCUCCUCCUUUGCUCUCUGAUGUUCAUAUAGGCUCUGCUCUCGUUGACAUGUAUUCUAAAUGCGGACACGUGGAUGAAGCUCAGCAGUGUUUUGACGAGUUGUGUGGUUAUAGAAACGUCGUCACUUGGAAUAGUUUGAUUACUUGUUACGAACAGAACGGUCCCGUGGAGGAAGCUCUCAGCGUUUUCAAUUUAAUGUUGAGAUCUGGUUUUGAGCCUGAUGAGGUUACGUUAGCGAGCGUGAUCAGCGCGUGCGCGAGCCUGUCCGCGCUCAAAGUCGGCCGGGAAGUUCACGGACGUGUUGCUAAAGACGUUAAGUUACGGAACGAUAUAAUCCUAAGCAACGCCUUUGUUGAUAUGUACGCAAAGUGUGGAAGAGUAAAAGAAGCUAGGAUCGUGUUCGACAGCAUGCCUAUCAGAAACGCGAUCGCCGAAACGUCGAUGAUCAGCGGCUACGCUAUGGCUGCGAGCACCAAGGCUGCUAGGCUGAUGUUCACCAAGAUGAGGGAGAGGAAUGUCGUUUCGUGGAACGCGCUCAUCGCCGGGUACACGCAGAACGGGGAGAACGAAGAAGCUCUCGGUCUGUUUCGUCUGUUGAAGAGGGAGUCGGUAUCCCCGACGCACUAUACCUUUGCUAAUAUCCUCAAAGCGUGUGCGGAUCUCGCGGAGUUGCAUCUAGGCAUGCAGGCUCAUGUGCACGUGUUGAAGCACGGGUUUAAGUUUCGAUCCGGGGAAGAAACUGAUAUAUUCGUUGGCAACUCGUUGAUAGAUAUGUAUGUGAAAUGCGGCUGCGUGGAAGAUGGUUAUCUCGUGUUUAGGAAGAUGGUGGAGAGAGACCGCGUCUCCUGGAACGCGAUGAUUAUCGGAUUCGCGCAGAACGGGUAUGGAAACGAGGCGCUUGAGUUGUUCAGAGAGAUGCUUGGUGGUUCUGGGGAAAAGCCAGAUCACAUUACAAUGAUUGGUGUUCUCUCCGCGUGUGGACACGCUGGAUUAGUCGACGAAGGGCGGCGUUACUUUUCGUCCAUGGCCCGAGACUUCGGUGUGGCUCCUCUGAGGGAUCACUACACUUGCAUGGUUGAUUUACUCGGCCGAGCUGGGUUUCUCGAAGAAGCGAAGAGUAUGAUCGAGGAGGAGAUGCCUAUGGAGCCAGAUUCGGUUAUAUGGGGCUCUUUGCUCGGUGCUUGUAAAGUUCAUAGGAACAUCACGUUAGGUAAGUACGUUGCGGAGAAGCUUCUUGAAGUAGAGACGUCGUCGAACUCGGGACCGUAUGUUCUUCUUUCUAACAUGUACGCUGAGAAUGGACAAUGGGAGGAUGUGAUGAAUGUAAGGAAGUCUAUGAGGAGAGAAGGAGUCACGAAGCAGCCAGGUUUUAGUUGGAUAGAGAUACAAGGACGUUCUCAUGUUUUCAUGGUUAAAGAUAAAAGACAUCCUCACAAAAAGCAGAUACACUCGCUUCUUGAUGUUCUGAUAGCAGAGAUGAGACAGGAACAUGCUGAAACAGGACCACUCUCCUCUGAGGAAAUGGAUUAUUCAUCUAGUAUUCUUUGGGAAACUGCCAUGUGAGUCCCUUUUGUUUUUUUUUUGUUGAAAAUUCAAAGAAAUAGAAUUGUGAAUUCAAUUUUGGG